GAGGAGGAGGAGAAGCGAAGGGAAGAGAGUCACGGAGGAAGAGAGGAAAACACAGCAGGAUCGGGACACCGUCUUACAGGGAAUAGAAAGAGACAGCCGGGAAAACGGCGCCGGGAUCUCCAGCACUCGCCGGAGACAGUCAGUACGUGUGGCGGCGGCGGACAGACCGAGCUUAGUUACCGCACUGGAGACAGCUAGAAGACCGAGACUGCGUCCUCUUACCGGCUGCAGCCCUUGCCCACCCCAGUACCCUCUGCCUUCCAUCAGAUCACCCCCUGGACACCCAGCCUUCCAUAGGUCAUCCCGCUUAGCGACCAUAAUUCCAUAGAUCACCUCCCUGGACACACAUCAUUCCAUAGAUCACCUCCUUAGCACCCAGCCAUUUAAUAGAUCACCCCCUGGACACCCAGCGAUCCAUCAGAUCACCCCCUGGACACCCAGUGAUCCAUCAGAUCCCCCUCUGGACACAGCGAUCCAUCAGAUCACCCCCUGGACACCCAGCGUUCCAUCAGAUCACCUCCUGGACACCCAGCGUUCCAUCAGAUCACCUCCUGGACACCCAACGUUCCAUCAGAUCACCUCCUGGACACCCAACGUUCCAUCAGAUCACCUCCUGGACACCCAACGUUCCAUCAGAUCACCUCCUAGACACCCAACGUUCCAUCAGAUCACCUCCUGGACACCCAACGUUUCAUCAGAUCACCUCCUGGACACCCAACGUUCCAUCAGAUCACCACCUGGACACCCAACGUUCCAUCAGAUCACCACCUGGACACCCAACGUUCCAUCAGAUCACCACCUGGACACCCAACGUUCCAUCAGAUCACCACUUGGACACCCAACGUUCCAUCAGAUCACCCCCUGGACACCCAACGUUCCAUCAGAUCACCACCUGGACACCCUAACGUUCCAUCAGAUCACCUCCUGGACACCCAGCGUUUCAUCAGAUCACCCCCUAUACACCUAUGGUGCCAUAGAUCACCUCCAGCAUCUUAUUAGCUAAUCCCUAUUGGUUCCCUUAGUCUCUCCUGUCUUCUGAACACCCAUUGACCUAUUUUCAUCAUUGACUCUGGUGUAGCCUGUGCUUCCUCCAAUCACCCCUCCUUUGGUGCAUGUGCCCUUCAGCAGAUGACCCCACACCACUCGGGUUGCCCACCCUGUUGCCUUUUCCUCUGGUCACCUGCCCAAUACAUAUUCAUUUCUUGUCCCCUCUGAGCAGCCUCCUCUCAUUCCUCUUUACUUGCCCCCUUCCCUCUGUACUGUUAUUUUGCAGUGCCAGCUCAGACAUCCUGAGCCCCAUCUCCGCCUCUGCCAGGUAAUUGUGCCCUCUAACAGAUAUGUAUAGUGAUAGAUGUCAUAUUGCAGGCGUGCCCCUCAUAUGACCUUAUGGACAGCACGUGUUCUGUAGAUGUACCCAGCCAUUGACAGGGCAUUGUAUUCCUGAUGUGAUCACCACGUUAGCAGGUUUCCGGCCAGUGUUGGGUAUACUGCAUUGGAUGCUUUUCUAAUUGUAUUCACUGCUGGUCCUGUCUAACCCCUGCCCCCCAUCACUGCACCCUGGCCCUCUGCUUCCUAUUUUAUAUCUCCCCUCCAUAUAUUACAUUGCACCCCCAGGACCGGAUAUGUGAGGCCCUCCCCAGCCUUGGAAAGAUGAACUACCAGCAGCAGCUGGCCAACUCGGCAGCCAUUCGGGCUGAAAUCCAGCGAUUUGAAUCUGUGCACCCCAAUAUCUACUCGAUAUAUGAACUCUUGGAGCGUCUCGAUGAGCCUGCACUGCAGAACCAGAUCCGAGAGCAUGUCAUAGCCAUAGAAGAUGCCUUUGUAAAUAGUCAGGAAUGGACGCUAAGCCGAGCCGUGCCGGAGCUCAAAGUGGGCAUUGUGGGAAAUCUAGCCAGUGGGAAGUCGGCAUUGGUUCAUCGGUAUCUCACGGGUACUUAUGUUCAAGAAGAGUCCCCUGAAGGUGGCAGGUUCAAGAAGGAGAUUGUGGUGGAUGGCCAGAGCUACCUCCUACUGAUCCGGGAUGAGGGGGGACCCCCAGAAGCACAAUUUGCUAUGUGGGUGGAUGCUGUAAUCUUUGUCUUCAGCUUGGAGGAUGAGAUCAGUUUCCAGACUGUCUAUCACUACUACAGCCGGCUAGCCAACUACCGCAACACCAACGAAAUCCCCAUGGUGCUUGUGGGGACUCAGGAUGCCAUCAGUUGCAGUAACCCUCGUGUAAUAGAUGAUUCCCGUGCACGAAAGCUUUCCAAUGACCUCAAGCGAUGCACUUAUUAUGAAACCUGCGCCACCUAUGGGCUUAAUGUGGAACGCGUCUUCCAAGAUGUCGCCCAGAAGAUUGUCGCGACUCGUAAGAAGCAGCAGCUCUCCAUUGGUCCCUGCAAGUCUCUACCGAACUCGCCCAGCCACACAUCGGUGUGCUCAGCACAAGUCUCAGCUGUACAUAUAAGCCAGACAAGUAAUGGAGGAGGCAGCCUGAGUGAUUAUUCUUCGUCGGUCCCUUCCACUCCCAGCACUAGUCAAAAAGAACUAAGAAUCGACGUACCGCCAACAGCCAGUACGCCUACUCCAGUGCGCAAACAGUCAAAACGGAGGUCUAACCUAUUCACGUCUCGAAAAGGGAGCGACCCAGACAAAGAUAAGAAAGGUCUAGAGAGCAGAGCAGACAGCAUCGGCAGCGGGCGAGCAAUACCAAUUAAACAGGGUAUGCUACUGAAACGAAGUGGAAAGUCUCUAAAUAAAGAAUGGAAGAAGAAGUAUGUAACUCUGUCUGACAAUGGCGUCCUCACCUAUCACCCCAGUUUACACGAUUACAUGCAGAAUGUCCAUGGCAAAGAGAUUGAUCUCCUCAGGACCACAGUUAAGGUUCCAGGGAAGAGGCCUCCUCGAGCAACAUCAUCCUGUGCACCUAUUGCCAGUCCGAAAACUAAUGGCCUGACCAAAGAGGUCAGUGGGCUACAGAUCUCCACCAAUACAGGAAACGUUACAAGCAGCACAUCAGUUACCCAGAUGGCCAGUGGUCAGAGUGGCAUUAGCCUUGGCUCUUUCAGCCGCUUAGAUGGCAUGCAUCAGCGGUCUUACUCCGUGUCCAGUGCUGAUCAGUGGAGUGAGGGAGCUGUCCUCGCAAACUCCGCCAUCAGUAGCGACACCGGCCUGGGUGACUCUGUGUGUUCGAGUCCCAGUAUUUCCAGUACCACAAGCCCCAAAUUGGAUCCACCUCCGUCCCCACAUGCAAAUCGAAAGAAACAUCGCAGGAAGAAGAGUACUAGUAAUUUCAAGGCUGAUGGGCUCUCCAGCACGGCUGAAGAACAAGAGGAAAACUUUGAGUUCAUCAUUGUGUCUCUCACUGGCCAAAGUUGGCAUUUUGAAGCUACAAGUUAUGAAGAAAGGGAUGCCUGGGUACAGGCCAUAGAGAGCCAAAUCCUUGCCAGUCUACAGUCAUGUGAAAGUAGCAAGAAUAAGUCCCGUCUCACCAGCCAAAAUGAGGCUUUAGCACUACAGUCAAUUCGCAACCUACCAGGAAACUCGCAUUGUGUGGAUUGUGAUGCACAAAAUCCCGACUGGGCCAGCCUGAACCUCGGAGCUCUGAUGUGCAUAGAAUGUUCUGGGAUUCAUCGCAACCUGGGGACUCAUCUUUCCCGCGUCCGAUCUUUGGACCUUGAUGACUGGCCGCCUGAGUUAAUAAAAGUCAUGUCUGCAAUUGGAAAUGAGCUGGCAAACAGUGUGUGGGAAGGAAGCAGUCAAGGCCAUGUGAAGCCAUGUUCAGAGAGCCCCAGGGAGGAAAAGGAACGCUGGAUUCGUGCAAAAUAUGAACAGAGACUUUUCGUCGCACCCCUGCCCUGUCGGGAUUUGCCCUUAGGGCAGCAGUUAUUGCGAGCUACAGCAGAAGAAGACUUGAGGACGGUGAUCCUACUUCUUGCACAUGGGUCCCGGGAAGAAGUGAAUGAAACCUGCGGAGAGGGAGACAGACGCACAUCUUUGCAUCUAGCCUGUCGCAAGGGAAAUGUGGUACUUGUGCAGCUGCUGAUAUGGUACGGUGUUGAUGUGAUGGCACGGGACUUCCAUGGCAACACAGCUUUAGCAUACGCCAAGCAAGCUGUGACCCCAGAGGUGCGGGAUCUUCUACUGCAAUAUGGCUGCCCCGAUGAACAGUUUGUGCUCAUGGCUACACCAAACCUCUCCCGAAAAAACAAUCGCAACAACAACAGCAACACAGGAGGUGGAGGACUGAUGCCCACCUUAAUCUAAAAUGAUCUUGUGAAAAGGAGACUGACUCGAGCACCGCUCACCCCUCGCACCGCAGGGGGAGGAGCCAGGAAUGACAUGGGAGGCGUAAAAGCACUGAGUGCUGAACAGGGGGGGAGAACGGACUGAGCCUUCACUAGCAUUUGGGAGGCAGGAAGAAAAAAAGCGGCGGAAGGGAGGCAGAAAGCUGUCAGUUAUGUGCACAUUUCACCUCUACCCCAGCAGAACACUUAGGCUCUGCUCUCAUCUGACAAGCACUGCUCCACAUAAAUCACACGCAGGCACUGAGUUUGUCAGGUUUGAGGCUCCAAUGAUGCUAUGUGUCAAAUCACUUGGAGCUAAUCUGUCCUCAGAGAAUGCUGGCUUCAUUACACUUGUAUAGUUGAGUUCCCUCAGCCUGUACCGCUGUUUAAUAGGACAUGAUUACUCAUCAUGUAGAAGGGAGCAUAUUAGCUGAGGAGGAAGCUCUCUCCACGCUCCGCUGAUUACAGGGAUGUGAUUGCAAUAUUCUUACAAGAAUCAUAUUAGGAGAGACAUUCUGGGCCCCAUCUUCAGACUCCUUGUCAUAAUCUUGCUGCGCUGUAAAGCGUCUGUUCCCUCUAAAUGUAUCCCCGAAAAAUAUAGGAACAAAAAAAAAAAAAAUCUGUAAAAGCUUUUGAAGGGUGCGUUUAGAACAGCUGUUUUUUUUUUUUUAUUUGACUUUAGAUACUUCAUGCCUUGUAAGAUCUGUUUUUUUGUAAUUUUUUUUACAAUUACAGAAAUAAUUUAAUUUAAUUGAACAGUGUGCUGGCCACCUGAGGUGCUUCAGUUCCUAAAACACACACGUUGCACCCAUUGUUUCAGUACAUCUGGGUCACAUCGCCUAGCUGAUUUGCAAAGGACAUAAAAACAGAAACAUCAUAAGUGAAGUGGUUACAUGGUUGAGUGCAUUUAUUUUUUUUCCUUAAAGGCACUACUUAAAUGGCACUAAUUAGAAGUACUUACUGCACUAUGGAACAUGUUUUCGUUGGGGAGCUGUGUGUGCAGAUGCAGUGUCACGCUUUGUGAUCUAUAUUGGAUCACUAUAUUGUAUUGUAGAAUUUGAGUGUUCACAUUAUAUUUAAUAUGGAGUAACCAAUGGAUAAAAUCCAUAGAAGCCAUCCAUGUCUGGACGAACCAGUGGGACCCCAUUCAGCCUUUCAGCUUUUCUUGAACACAACACCAAUCCCAAACUGGAGCUGUAUAGAGAAGGGCCCCGUUCACGUACAUACCCUAAGGCUGGUUGGGAGAAGGGGCCACUGCAUGCAUGCAUUCAUAUUUUGUGUCAAUUAUAAGAAUAUAUUAAGUAACAGAAUCGUGACCAUCUGCCAAAACAUGAGUCGUGGCAACCUAAUGUGUCUCCAUAAUAAGGGCUCAUUCACACGAACGUGUGCUGCCCGUUGCCAUAUGUGCUGCCCGUUGCUGUAUUCUCUUCAAUGGGUCCACAAAUCCGGAGAUAUGGAGCGGAACACUACGGAGUGCCU